CUGUAUAACGUAACGCAUUUCACUGUGUCUUUCCACACUUGGAUUUAAAAAAUGCUGGCGCUUGUACAGGUGGAGCACCUGGUGAAGUUCAACAGCCGUGGCGCCUUCAAAAGCAUUGAAGACGUGGACAUAUCACGUCAGUUUGUAUGUUGUACAUGCGUUAUUGUGGUCCUCCGUUGCUUAGAUCAUAUGGUCUUUUUGUUUCAUUCGAAAUCAUGCUAUAUGUUUCACAACACAAAUGAUGUGACUAUUUUUAAACAUGAAAUGUUUCCGUGUAUACAGUAGUGUAUUGCUGUAGUUAUGGGAAGCAUUGACUUUACGAGAAGUCAUUGAAGGAAGCACACGUAGUUGGUGUAUUGGUAGGCGGAGCUUUCUCUGAGGUGUCGAGGACGUUUUUAACAGCACUCGCAUGUGUAAAACCUGCCAAAGAAUCAAGCCACACGUCUGCGUCAAUGUGCAGCUAUACACAAUAUCGACUUUCAUAGUUUAAAUGCCUAGCGACACUGUUUUUAGUUCCGUUUUAGCAGAAAACCGGAUACGACCGCCGUCUUCUUCAGUGUAGCUGUCACCAGAAUGGACGUGACUCCUAGAUAAAAACAACAACAACGAAGCAACAAGUCAUGUCUGUGGCGUCUCUGCUGCCUCUCCUGGUCGGGACAUUGCUGCCCCAGCAAGCCGCCUCGGACUUCUCUGUCCACGCGACCCGGACAGGUGUGGAAGUAGACGCAGGGUCCUUAAACGCCUCACUGGCCGUCACGUCUGAGACAAACAACGACGACGACGACGAGUGCGAUAACGUGAUGAACGUCAGCGCUGCAGACCGCUGUGCAUUCGUCAAGCGCACACCCGACUGCAGCAUCGAAGACGGCUUCGUCAACUAUCUUCAAGUGGCCUUCUGUCUGCUUCCUCCCGAGCUCACACCCCUCACAGUCAUUCUAUGUAUGAUAUGGCUGUGCUUUUUGUUCGUCAUACUUGGCCUCAUCGCAUCGAAAUUUUUUUGUCCCAACCUGUCCGCCGUCUCCACAAGUCUGCAUCUCACGCACAACGUCGCUGGCGUGACUUUCCUCGCUCUCGGUAAUGGCGCUCCGGACAUCUUCAGUGCCAUAGCGGCGUUUUCCCACCCUCACACCGCCGGGCUGGCAGUCGGAGCAUUAUUCGGCGCCGGUAUAUUUGUCACUACGGUUGUCGCGGGCAGCGUGGCCCUGGUCAAACCUUUCGCCGUAGCGUCCCGUCCUUUCUUGCGUGACGUCAUCUUCUACAUGGUGGCGGUGUUCUGGACUUACCUCAUCCUGUACAGAGGAACAAGCGCUCUGGGAGAAACACUGGGGUACCUGGGCCUCUACGUAGUGUACGUCUUGACAGUAAUCAUCAGUGCCUACGUCUACAGCCGACUAAAACGUUUGCGCAGCGCAUCGAUCGACGGCGUUGCGCAUAUUCAAGCGGGGUUUGAGUCGUCGGACACGUACGACGACGACGACGACGACGACGUUCCCCGUCUGCUAGCUGGGACGGAUCAACAGGAAUAUGAGUCUGAGUACAGGCCACUCCUGCAAUACACCGAGUCCACUCGCCAGAUCUUGCUGAGCUCCAUCAACCCAGUGGACAACAGGAAGUGGAGGAGGAAAAACUGGAAGUGGAGAGUCCUCAAAGUAUUGAAGGUGUGCCAAAUACAGACACACACAAAGUCCCAAGUGCGCCGACGCUUUCUCUCUCAGGCCCCUGUGGAGGUCGUGCUGUUGCUGUGCAUCCCUGUUGUGGAUCACGAUAAAGAAGACAAGAACUGGAGGCGACCUCUGAACUGUCUUCAUCUGGUCACGGGCCCGCUCACGUGCGUCCUCGCCUUUCAGUCUGGAAUUUUUGGAGAUUAUUUGAUUGGGGGCCAGUUUCCUCUGUGGCUGCUCACUCUCCUCGUGGGACUCUUCCUUUGUGCCAUCGUGUUCUGCAGCACCACCAAUGAGUGCGCCCCCAGAUAUCACUCAGUCUUCGCUCUUUUGGGCUUCGUGGUGAGCGCAGUGUUGAUCAGCGCGGCGGCGUCCGAAGUGGUCAGUAUUCUGCACAUGCUCGGCGUGGUGCUGAGUCUCAGUAACACUGUGCUGGGCUUGACUCUGCUGGCGUGGGGCAACAGCAUAGGAGACUGUUUUUCAGACAUCACCCUCGCACGGCAAGGUUACCCGAGGAUGGCCAUAUCGGCCUGCUUUGGGGGCAUCAUUUUCAACAUGUUAUUCGGGGUGGGGUUGGGCUUGCUGGUGCAGAGGAUCAAAACACACUCUGAAGUGCAGCUGGAACCAGAGGGACUGCUGACAUGGAUACUGGCAGGUUCUCUGGGUUUGUCUUUGGUGCUGUCUUUUGUCAUCGUUCCACUGAGCCACUUCCACUUGGGUCGACCCUAUGGCAUUUUCCUCCUCAUCUUCUACUCCGUUUUCCUCAUCAUUGCUCUGCUCACGGAGUUUGGCAUCAUCUAAGCGCCGUAGACGCCGGCCUCACACGAGGGAUGUGAACCAUCGAACCAAUGUUUUUAUACUCAACUUGACUGCUGUGUUUUAUUGAAGGAACAAAGCAGUUUUUACUUGAGAAGGCCAGAACACGAUUGUGUUGGCAAUGUGGGUGUCCAGAGAGAGGACACAUGUAAAGUCAAUUCAGCAUUUUGUCUUUUAAACUAUGCAAUAACCUAAUGUACUGUACAUGACAAUCAAGUUAAUUGAGUGUAAUUAAAUAUGGGGACAACAUUAUGCCUUUCA